CAAGAAGAGCAGAGUAGUGGCAGUGUGCAAGGCAGCGGAGCAGAGGCUUCCGACAGAGGAGAGGAGACAGGGGAGCCAUGCAGGCGAGGCGGGAGAUCCGGACGAAGCCGGAGCAGCGGGAGGAGGAGGAUGCAGCGUCGGCGGUGGCGGAGACGCCGCUGAGCGCGCGGUGGAGCCCGGAGGCGGAGAUCGGGAUGCGGGUGGAGGACAUCUGGGACAGCCUGGACCAGCCGCAGCUGAGCCGGAGCGACAAGCUCAACAGCUGCUUCGACGCCAUCGCCGUCUCCUCCUUCCCGCAGACCUUCGGGGCGCAGCUGGUGGACAUCCCCUCCGACGCCACGCUGGCCGAGGCCGUCGACAUCCUCUCCCGGAACCGGAUCAACGGCGCGCCCGUGCGCAACGUGGAGGCGCCCGAGGACGCGAGCUGGAUCGACCGCUACAUCGGCAUCGUGGAGUUCGCCGGGAUCGCCGUCUGGCUGCUGCACCGGUCGGAGGCCUCGGCGUCGGCCGCCGCGCUGGGCGCCGACGAGCUGGCCGCCAAGCUCGGCACGGUGACCCUCGACGGGGGCAGCGGCGGCGGUGGCGGCGGCGCGAGGGAGCUGAAGGCGGCCACGGAGGCGGAGGGCGCGGUGGCGGAGGCGUUCGGGUCGCUGCCGUCGUCGGAGCUGUUCCGGAAGACCAAGGUGAAGGACAUCUCCGGGUCGUUCCGGUGGGCGCCGUUCCUGGCGCUGCAGAGCUCGGACACGUUCCUCACCAUGCUGCUGCUGCUGUCCAAGUACCGGAUGAAGAGCCUCCCCGUGGUGGACAUCGGCGAGGGCACCAUCAGCAACAUGGUGACGCAGGCGGCGGUGGUGCACAUGCUGGCCGAGUGCGUGGGGCUGAGCUGGUUCGAGGACUGGGGCACCAAGACGCUGGCCGAGCUGGGCCUCCCCCUCAUGAAGACGAGCCGGCUGGUCAAGGUCUGCGAGGACGAGCCGGCGCUCAAGGCGUUCCGGCAGAUGAGGCGGCGCGGCGUCGGCGGCAUCCCCGUGGUGGACGGCGCCGGCAAGCCCGUGGGCAGCAUCAUGAUCAAGGACGUCAAGCACCUCCUCACGGCCUCCGAGUCCGCCGGACACUACAGGACGCUGACGGCGAGGGAGUUCAUCGCGAGCGCGCGGCAGAGCUCGGGGGAGAAGCAGAUGAGCAUCAUCACGUGCACCAGGGAGGACAACAUGAAGGAGAUCAUCCUGAAGCUGGACGCGGAGAAGAGGCAGAGGAUCUACGUGGUGGACGGGGAGGGCAACCUGGACGGCCUCAUCACGCUCAGGGACAUCAUCGCCAAGCUCGUCUACGAGCCGCCGGGAUACUUCGGGGACUUCUUCAACGGCGUCAUCCCCAUGCCGCAGAACAGCAGGGUCUGAAGGAAAUCCUUCUGUUCUCUUCCCGGCUUCCGGCCUCCUAGGCAAGAUCAGGAUAUAAUCUUUCUGCCAUUUCCUCUCGGUUUACCCCUCCUUUGUGUGCAGUAGGUAGUGAUUCUCGGUGUGUUUUUUCUUCCUCUUCCAUUUUUCGCUCUCCCUAGUGCUUCGUUAAAGCUAGAACCUAGUUUCAUUUGUUUCAGUUUUGUCAGUUCGGCAUAGCUAGCUACCUAGCUCAUCAUAAUGAAGAACAAUGUGGCUCUGUUCGUGUCAACGACCGGAAUUUAGA